AUGACCGCCAGACCCCAGUCCUACGACUUUCGCGCGUCCUGGAAGCCGACGUCCAAGUUCCGCGAACACCUGUCUGUCGAAAUCCCGCUUGACAACGUCCCCGUCGAGAAAUCGCGUUUCUCGCCCGAGUCCCCGCCACCAAGCUUUCGGACCGCGUCCGCGAGCACCGUGACCAUGAAUAACUCUUCGCGCAGGGCCGCAGACGUCGAAGCCGGUCAGACACAGACACCCACGUCCGCGCGCUUCCGCGAGCGCAUGACGAACCGGUUCACCAACCUCUUCUUCGACCUGCGCAUGCUGGGCAGGGAGCCCGAAAUGGUGCCCAUAGAACCGCCCCACCUCCGCGAAUGGCCCCCGCUCAAGGUCGAGGACAAGCAGCCGCCGCGGUGCCCCUGCCACGAGCGGCACGCGCGGGCCAAGAAGCGCAGACAGAUCUGGCUGGUCGCGCUGAUCGCCCUCCUCCUGUUCCUCUUCUCCGACGUCCUGUUCCUCAACGUCCGCGUAGUCAGGCUGUCGGCCGCAUCAAGCGGGCCCGUAUCGUCACCCGUUGCAUCAGCGACUUCCCCGUCUGCCACCGGCCUCUCCGUGGACGCACAGCAGUGCCUCUCGCAGUACACGCUCAACGCGCCUGCCAAUCCAUCGGCGUACCCGUGUUCCUCCUGCUUGCCGAUCCUCCAGGCCGUGCCCGCGAAUGUCUCGAGCACAGACCCCGGCGACGCGCAGCAGAUCCUCAACGCGGUCCAGUUCUGCGGGCUCAAGGGCAUCUUUGACUCUUCGGGUGCUACCGCGCAGACCGGUCUGCACAAUCAAGGGUGGCUGAACGACACCCGUUUCUGCGCGUGGAACGGGGUGACGUGCGACGGCACGGGGAGGGUGUCCUCCUUACAGCUGACGUUCCCCGCCGUCCCGACACUCCUGCCCGAGGAGCUGGGUAGCCUUACCGGGCUGCAAAGUCUCUCGGUCAUUGGCAAUAGCGCCGUGCCGUCUGGGUCUCUUCCAAACUCGUUCACCAACCUCACUUCUCUCACCACACUGCAUCUGGAGAGCACGGCCCUCGCGGCUCUCCCCGACAGCCUUUUCUCGACGCUGAAGAAGGUGACGGCGCUCACCCUGAUCAAGAACGCCCAGAUGGGCAGCAACCUGCCGUCGUCCCUGGCGCAGCUAUCUCUCCAGAGCCUCGUCGUGAACACCCAACCACUCGCCGACCCACUAUCGGCGAUCACCGGGAGCAAGUCCCUCCAAGCGUCCCUGCAGCUCCUCGACCUGUCCUCGACGAACCUGACAGCAUCCGUCCCGCCCGCCAUAUCCUCCCUCCAGGCGCUGACCGAGCUGCAUUUGGACUCGAACAACGUGCAGCCGCCGCUCCCGCCUGCGUUCCCGUCCUCGCUGCAGGUCCUGAGUCUCCAGAACAACUCGGGGCUGAGCGGGACGCUGAGCGGGUGCGCGACCGCGCUGAAGAGCUGCGAUGUCGCGAGCACCGCGGUACAGAUCGGCACGGGGUGCUCGGUCUGCUCUGGCAGCAGCUGAGCGCGCCUCGUGGGCGUCUUUCUGGUGUUCUCCAUCAUGACUUAACGCUUUCGGUCGUUCGUUCGCCUUCGCGCUGAUGAUAUGUAUUGCUCGAAUUCUCUUUCCCUUGCUUUGCCUGGGACGUCGUCGUUCAUUCUCUCGUAUGGACAUCUCCUGGAUCUUGAUGUAGCCAUAGUGUCUCUGGAUUCUAGAUACCUCUCGUUGUAUGUCUAUCUGCACUGCUGUUUGUAUUACCCGUUCCAACCUCUUGUAUCGUACCACAUCUAACGACCACCGGGAUAUUGUAUGAUGAUGUCAAUAGG